AUGAGGGUGACGCACCCGCCAAGUGUUUCCCAACCUCCAGCCUCACCUCGGGAAUAUGAAAAUGAAGGCCGGCAUCCGCUUCCUGAUUGUUGGGAGGAAGGCGGAGGGAGCGUGUCCCUAAAUGCAGGGGACCCCCUCUUGCCUGGAGGGUUGCGGCCUUCCUGCAUCCUCUCUGGGCACAAGAGUCAUGCAACCUUCCUGUGUGACCCACCGCCAGGACCGCUCUCUCUCAGCCGGGUGAAGAAGACGUCCAAGAACACCUCUUCCUUUUUUCCAGGUGCUGGAGAAAAUCUGGAAAACACUAUGGCAGCCUUUCGCCAUGCCGUCAAUGUGGGGACAGACAUGCUGGAGCUUGACUGCCACUUGACCAAGGAUGAAGAAGUUGUGGUCUCGCAUGACGAGAACCUCAAGCGCUCCACAGGGGUGGACGUCAACAUUUCGGACGUCAAAUACGCAGAGCUCCCACCAUACCUCUGCCGGUUGGAUGUCAGCUUUCAGAAAGAAUGCCACUGCGAGGGAGAAGACCAGCGCAUCCCGCUCCUGAAGGAGGUGUUUGAAGCCUUCCCCCACACCCCUGUCAACAUCGACAUCAAGGUGAACAACAACACCCUCAUUAAAAAGGUGUCCGAGUUAGUGACCUAUUACAAGCGAGAGCAUCUGACAGUCUGGGGCAGCGUCAGCCAUGAGGUUGUGGAGAAGUGUCAUAAAGAGAACGCUCGCAUCCCAAUCCUCUUCUGCUUACGGCGCGUCCUCCUCCUCCUGGGCCUCUUCUACACUGGUCUCCUGCCUUUCUUUCCCAUCCUGGAGGGCUUCUUGGAGAUCCCCAUGCCUUCCAUCAUCCUCAAAUUGAAAGAACCAGAGAAGAUCACCAGGAGUCAACGGUUUACCAUUUGGCUCACAGACACAUUGUUAAUGAGGAAAGCAUUAUUUGACCAUCUCACUGCCCGAGGGAUUCAGGUCUAUAUCUGGGUGCUCAACGAAGAGCAGGAAUACCAGCGAGCAUUUGACCUGGGAGCCACCGGUGUGAUGACAGAUUACCCCACAAAGCUGAAGAACUUCUUGCACGCCUACCCCGCAUAACGCAAACGCAGGGGCAGGGGCUCUUGUAGAGAAGUGUGGGGUGCGCGGGAAAGCGGGGGAGUGACUGGAACAGCACAAGAAAAGGCCAGAGAGGGACCACCCUCUCUCUCUUCUCUCUCUCUCUUCUCUCUCUGUUUCCCCCCUUCUUCAGCGUUGCCGCCUCCCAGUGAGGGCCGACACAAGCAGCUGGAUCAUCAUAUUACCUCAUUCUUUAAGUCACGACACUUCUAGAGAUGGUACACAGCUCUAUUUAUUUACAGUUUUUAACGAGACGUAGUUUACAUUUCCUUUUUUUGUAAAUAGCAUGAGUAGCGGCUUCUUCCCUUAGUUGGAGAGAGACGCCUCAAAAGAGAGAUGCCGACAGGGUCAGUUUGUAGAGGUGAGAGUCCUAACGUCACUGUCUGUCGCUUCUCACUUAGGCUUCACCACGUUUGCACAUGGGAAACAUUCCAGCACGACUAUUAUUUUUUUUUAAUCUUGCAAUGAGUAUGUAAAGAUUUUUAAACUGACUAGUGUGGGAAAAAAACACCCUGAUUGUCACAGGUGAGAUUUUUUUUUCAUGUCAGGAGCGACUUGAGAAACUGCAAGUCGCUUCUGGUGUGAGAGAAUUGGCCGUCUGCAAGGACGUUGCCCAGGGGAUGUGACCUGGAUGUUUUGAUGUUUUUCUCAUCCUUGUGGGAGGCUUCUCUCAUGUCCCCGUUUGGGGAGCUGGAGCUGACAGAGGGAGCUCAUCCACCUCUCCCCGGAUCCGAACCUGCGACCUGUCGGUCUUCAAUCCUGCCGGCACAGGGGUUUAACCCACUAUGCCACCGGGAGCAGGUGAGAUGAGGAUGGCACUGAGAAGGAGAUUUGGGUGAUUCUCCCAGUUCCAACAUUCGGUACUGUAUUGACAACAAGAGCCUUUUGGAAGGGGGCUGAAGCCCCAAAUUCUGCCUUUGCUUUUCUCCUCCUUCUUACUCCUGGGAAGAAACUGUUGGUUUCAAUUCAGCCUCAUGUAUAUCUUUGCUCCAUACAACAACAACAACAACAACACUUUAUUUUUACCCCACCACCAUCUCCCCAAGGAGACUCGGGGCGGCUUACAUAAGGCCAAGUCCAGCAAUACAAUCUAUAUAAAUAAAGAUGUCAUGUUCGUUUGUGGGAUUAACAGAACUCAAAAACCACUGGAUGAGUUGACACCAAAUUUGGACAAAAGGACACCUAACAACCCAAUGUAUGUCCUUCACUCAAAAAAAUUGAUUUUGUCUUUUGGGAGUUGUAGUUGCUGGGACUUAUAGUUCACUUAAAGUCAAAGAGCAUUC